AUGCACAGGACAGCCACUCUUUCGAGCUUUUUAGCUCUAUUCUCUUCUGUCGCUCACUCAGCCCCUUCGGCGGAGUUGUCGCCUCGCCAGACUUGCGAGUUUGACUCGGCAACAGCCAAUGAAUGUUGGGGAGACUAUUCUUUGUCUACCAACUGGUACGAAGAGGGCCCUGAUACUGGGGUUAUCAGAGAGUUCUGGUGGGAAAUCAGCGAGACGACUCUCUCUCCAGAUGGCUUCCCACGUACUGUGAUGGCUAUCAAUGGAACCAUCCCUGGACCCCAGAUCACUGCAGACUGGGGUGACACAAUCGUUGUACACGUCACGAACUCUGUGGCGAACAAUGGAUCAAGUAUACACUGGCAUGGUAUCCGUCAAAUGGGAUCCGUUCUUUACGAUGGUGUUUCUGGUAUCACCCAGUGCCCUAGUGCUCCCAAUGACACACAGACUUACACCUGGAAGGCAACUCAGUACGGUACUACCUGGUACCACUCUCACUUCAGUCUACAGGCAUGGAAUGGAGUUUUCGGAGGAAUUGUCAUUAAUGGACCCGCUUCAGCUCCGUACGAUGCUGACACUGGAACCUUGCUGCUCUCUGACUGGUAUCAUCAGACGACCGAUGCUCUGUAUCAACAAGCCCAGACCUCUGGACCACCACCAGCUCAGAAUGGCCUACUGAACGGCACCAAUACUGGAGCCGAUGGUAGCGGCACUAAAUUCCAGACAACUGUAACCGCCGGUGCCCGUACUCGUCUCCGUCUUGUGAACACUGCUCUGGAUACUCAUUUCAGAUUCAGCAUUGACAACCACACCAUGACCGUGAUUGCGGCGGAUCUGGUUCCUAUCAACCCUUACAAUGCUACGGAUAUUAGCAUUGGCAUUGGGCAGCGAUACGAUGUUAUUGUGGAAGCCAACCAGGAUCCUGGAAAUUACUGGCUGCGCGCAAUUCCUCAGACCUCUUGCUCGAGCACCAACGAGAACCUCCUAAACAUCACGGGCAUCUUCAACUAUGAUGGUGUCGACGUUGCUGAGCCGGCAAGUACUAUGUGGCCGUUCACAGACAGCUGUGACGACGAGAGUAUGGACAAGCUCAAGCCAUUUGUCGCCCUCGACGCAGGCCAGGGGGGCAAGGAGGCUGACUUCGAAGUCGGCUUGGUCGUCAACGGGGUCUUCAGAUGGACAAUCAACGACCAGCAGUUCUACACUCACUGGGAGUAUCCUACCUUGAAGCAAGUCAUCGACAACAACGGCAGCUGGGCCGCUGAGCAGCACGUCAAUAUCUUUAACGAGACUAACGAAUGGGUUUACUUCAUCAUAGAGUCUCAGCUUGGUAUCACCCACCCCAUCCAUCUCCACGGCCACGACUUCUACGUCCUGGGCCAGGAGGCAGCAGCCACCUACACAGGCACCGACCAGCUCAACUUCUCGAACCCCCCGCGGAGAGACGUAGCCAUGCUUCCGGCGUCUGGCUAUCUUGUGAUGGGAUUUCCCACCGACAACCCCGGCGUCUGGCUGCUUCACUGCCACAUCGGAUGGCACACGGUUGAAGGCCUUGCGCUGCAGCUAGUAGAGCGUACUUCAGAGAUCGCCGCCACGGUCGAUGCCGACGAACUCAAUGGCGCCUGCUCUUCCUGGGUUGACUGGGCGACUGAGGUGGAGAAGGUCCAGGAUGAUACCGGCAUCUAA